CUGCGCCUGUGUUUAGAACUGUGGCUGUGAUUGCACCAGACACGAGACUGGCCAUCGGUUGAUCCUGAAACAAUUCUUUUUCAGGCCUUUUAAACUGUAAUUAUCGACAAAGUAGAGGAAGAAUGUGCCAGGUGGAUGAAGACUUCCGUGAUCAGCUGGAGCGCGUGGCCGUGCCCAGUGUUUCCAAAAAAUGUGUCAAAUGCAAAGAGACGACUGCAUCUGUGGCCAUCAGAGCUGGAGAUACAUACUGCAGGGGAUGUUUUAAGGAAUACUUCGUCCAUAAGUUCAGAGCCAUGCUAGGAAAGAACAGGAUCAUUUUCCCUGGAGAGAAAGUUCUCCUGGCUGUUUCUGGAGGUCCCUCUUCCUGCUCAAUGCUCAGACAAGUUGAAGAGGGUUUGAGUAAAAAUGCUCACAACAAGCUGAGAUUCUUACCUGGCAUUGUCUACAUCGAUGAGGGGGGCGCUCUAGGCCAGUCUAUAGAGGAGAGACAGAGGACUGUGGCAGAGCUUCAUACUGUUUUCAAAGCAACCUGUCUCCCUUUUCACAUCGUGCCUUUGGAGCAGGUUCUAGAUCUUCCCAGUUCAGUCUUGGCUACAGGCCCCCCAGCUUUGGAGCGACCGGCCAGCACAUACAAAGCAGCCGUGGGUCACUUCAUUCAGAGCGACAGCAGUAACUGUUUGUCAACAGCAGAACAGAAGGAAACCUCUCUGCCUGAGGUUGAAGGGUCCCGCACACAGCUACUGCAGCAGCUGAUUGGCUCUGCUUCAACUCUAACAGCUAAAGAAGACCUGCUGAACACACUGAGGCAUCAUCUGCUUGUGCACACGGCUCGGACUGAAGGCUACAGUAAAGUGAUGCUGGGAGACAGCUGCACUAGACUGGCUGUGAAGCUGCUCACUAGUGUGUCACUGGGCAGAGGAGCACAGCUGGCUCAGGACACGGGUUUCUCAGACUCCAGAUAUGGAGACAUCAUAUUAGUGAGGCCAAUGAGGGACUACUCAGCUAAAGAAAUAGCUUUCUACAACCACAUGUUCAAAGUCCCGUCUGUUUUCGUUCCAAGCCUGGAGACUAAGACACCGGAAAAGGCCAGCAUCCAGCGUCUGACCGAGGGCUUCAUCACUAAACUGCAGGCAGACUUCCCCUCUACUGUCAGCAUCAUCUAUAGGACAGGUGAGAAGCUGCAGACAGCAUGUAAGAGCUCGUCCACCACUGACCACUGUGACAGAUGUUUGCUCUGCAUGUGCGCUCUAGAUACUGCUGUUGACGAUGCUUCAGCCUUUAAUAUGACGCUGAUCUCCGAGCAGCUCUCCCAGAUUAAAUCUUCAGGAAACACCAACACUGAGAUCCAAAGACAGAACCCAGCUCAGGUAAAGCCUGAAUUAAAUCCUCCCAGUGGACAGUGCUGUUCUUCUUCUUCUGGAGGAGGAGAGGAUUGUGGGAGAGCAGCGAGUGGUGUUGGCUGCUGUUCUUCUGCCAAAGUAAAAGAGACCCCCAUUCUGAAGAGCCUUUUGUGUUACAGCUGUCGGCUGACCGUCAAAGACAUGUCAUCACUGGAUCAUCUUCCUCUCUACAUCCUGUCAGAUGCUCAGAGGAGGCAGAGGAGGUCUCAAAUGAGAGAGGAGAUCGGGGAGUUCCUGCUGGACGACGGUGAUGAUGGAGAUUAGAGGAAGUGAAGUCUCCAGUCAGACAUGAAACCCAGUCUUUACCUCCACGUGUAAAAUUCUGUCUACCUAUGUACAACUUUUAAUAAAGAUGCUAAACAAAUAAUGA